AUGAGCGAACACAGUCCAGAACACUCACAGGCGCUGGAUCCAGCACGUGAGUCCUUUUGGAAGGAGGGAGAUGAUGAUGAGGUCGCCAUCGAUCUCAGACAUCAUCUUCAAGUGAUCGCCAAUGUCCUCAAGAAGCGUUCGGUGCAAUCAAAGCACUUCGAAUCCAAAGUGGGCUAUCGCGUGGUCAAACGCGGAGACCAAGACGCAAGGCGCUUCGAAGAGAUUGACAACUACGGUGGUCCAGACGAGAGCACACUCGAUCUGCUGAAAAGCCACAGCAAAAGCUGGAUGACCACUCCGCUCAGCUUCUGGCUGCCACCAGGGCUGGGUAACCCGUCUAUUCCGCGAGUGGCCGACAUCUUCCUCAAGAGUGGACUAUUUCCCGAAAAGGUCCCGAACCAGGUCGAAAAAAGCCGUAAAAAGGUCGAGCAGACGAUCAAGGACAUGGACGAUUUUGGUCACCGGUAUAAAGCACUCGAAAAGCAGUUGGAAUUUCCAGGAUUGUGCUUCGUGCUUGGCAACGGAUUGUCCGAAUCGUUCUGGUGUAAGCUCAUGCCCAAGAAGCCGGAUGCCCCGAAGUUCAAGCACGUCAAGAACAAGCUGAUCUCGAUCGGUAUCAAGGAAGAAGCAGCGCCUUAUGCUAAUCUUCGUGAUGUUGUCGUCAAGCACAAGCUUGAUGAAUUGUUGAAAGCAAUGGAUCAGUCGCCGCAGUCGUCCGGUACAUUACCGGCGCCAGCUUCCUCGGACGUGGGCGAAGUGUGCAAUGGAGGUGUUCUCAGCCGCGACGCGAUAGAAAGCAUGUCUGGCAACAAGCUGCAAGACAUCAGCUUUUCAUCAACAGGCGCCAGUGCCUCCAUGAAUAUGCAAUCGUUCUGUGAUAUCAACACUUCAUCGGUAGACAAUUGGCAGCCGCUGGCAUUGACGGACGAACAGCUACUCAACUUCGACUUUUCGCUCCUGAGAGAAGACGCCACCAUCCUCGACCCAGCGCACAAUUGGUCUCUGGACGCGUUUGAUUCAGCGUGA